AUGACUAUCUAUGACUCCGUCCUGAUAGCCCUGGCAGAACAUACCGCCUGUGAAUCCGACUUAUGCGAUUCUCAACCUGCUUUCCGAGCCAUACCAUCGGCUUCAGACCCUGAGGCCGCCUUCGCUAUUGAACUAUACCAGAUGGCGACACAAAUUUAUCUCGUACGAGCCUCGCAGAGCCCAUGGGAGCCACCUGCGAACCUUGAUGCUCUGGUGGAGGCGGCUUUCGCGGGACCUGUUCAGUCAUGCACCUGCGAGCACUUCUUUCCUCUACUGAUUCUUGCUUGCGAGGCACAACGUGACGAACAGAGGAUCGGCAUCAUCAACUUAAUCGAAAGAACCCAAAGAGAUGUUCGAAUACGAAGCAUACAAGCAGUCAAGAAUACGAUACAGUCCAUUUGGGUGCAGCAGGAUCUGCACAAGGAUGAUGAUGUGUUGGUGGAUUAUCUUGGCACUUUGAGUUCGGCGAUCAGCUCCAGCAAUACUGUACCAUCAUUCGCAUAGAUUGCAGAACACCAUUGAACAACAGUGAUGGCAACGAACACACUGAGAAAAAUACCGAGAAUACAAUGGUAUCGUCGUUUCGGGGUUUUUAACUACGGCCGCACAACAGGUGUUGUUCACGAGACCCUCCCAGGAGCAGUAAUAAAGGAGGUGGUUUCCUAGCAUUACUGUUACAACCCUGUCUUCAAGUCUUUACUACGCUUAGUCUGGAAUGGGGAUAGAUAUUGGCAAAGAACAGAAGAGGCAAGUUCGCCCAUGACUGAGGAGAGGGGGGAAGUCUCACUUUUAGGGAUAACAUAAUUUCUCGCGAUGAGUAAAGGGUGGGUUUCUGCCCGUGACGGCUAUGAUCAUUCUGAGUUCGAGAUUUUUCAGCAUGC